AUGGUGCUGUGUCUGGCCAUGGACUCCAGGGAGGAUGGAGACAGCUGGAUGGAAGACCAGUGGGAGAAAUGGCUAACUCAUGAUAUGAGUCUGGAUGAGUAUGAAGACGAUGACCUGUCUGAGGUGACGGAGAUCACAGAUGAGAACGGAGGCAGUCUGAGCCACAGUGACUACGACAUUCAAGGUCACGUGACCGAGCCGGCCAAUGGCAGCACGGAUUGGGUCCCUCGGAGGGGGGCGGUGGAGCUGCAGGCCGAGAUGCUCCAGCUGGACCUGAUAGAUGCGGAGGGAGGAGGGACCCAGGAAGAAGCGGAGGAAGAGAGGGAGGACGAGAGGGAGAGGCUGCUACUGCUCAUCGAUGAGCGCAAAGAGGGAGAGCGGGCAGCAGGGCGGCCCGCCGCAGAGCCACCGCUGAGGGACCUGGACCCCCCCGCCCUCGUUGCCAUGGAUACAUACCGGCCCAAAAGACCCACCACCCUGAAUCUGUUCCCGCAGGUGCCGAGGACUCAGGACACCAUAAAUAAUAACUCGUUUGGCGAAAAGGACAGAAGGAAAGAGAAGAAAAGUCAUUCAUCCUCACCACACAUAAAAGGGGACCUGCCUCCUAAACCUGAGCAGGUUAGCCAGACCGAUGGGGACAAAGUCCAGGCAAGCGCCCGGGUGGACGCCAAGCCCCGCACAGCUGGUUCUUCCGCGCACAAAGCUCCAGGCUCUGCAUGCAAGAAGCAGGACAAGCCUUCUGAGUCUGUGGUCAACAACAUUCGUAGCACUCAGCCCUCCACACACACAGACAUGCGGGAUAUGCCCAGGGAUGGGACCCUGAUAGAGGGGCUCCAUGACGUGGGGACAGUCAGCAAACAGAAGGCCCACUACCAUACUCUGAAUGGCUGCCGGGACCAAGUUCAGUACCCUGGAGAAAAUGGGUGUACGCACCAACAUCCGACAGACAAAAACAAGGACUAUCGCUCGUUGGAGGGGAGCAAGGAGACGACGCAGGAGAUCCACCUGACGCCUGUGAAUGGAGAGCAGGAAAGGCCUUUCUUGUCCCAGAGCAGUGACAGCAACCGCAUGUCCAUCAGUUCAGACACGGAACUUCCACCCUUGCAUUUCCAUCCCCUGGCAGGUCGCACUAACCCAUCCAUCAGCGAGGAGGACGAAGUCUACCCGCCGACGCCCCCUUGCAGGACUGACAGCCUCAGUGAGGUAACAGACCCUGUUGCAAAGACAGGGACAGGGGAUAAAGCAGCUGCUGUAAACACAGCAGUAAGCAAAGAUGCUUCAGGACUAACAUACGACUCAGUGAAGUACACCCUGGUGGUGGACGAGCAUGCUAAAUUGGAACUGGUUAGCCUUAAGCAGUGUUACCAGGGUUACGAAAGUGACAGCGACAAUACGGUCUAUGAGUCGGCCAUCGACGAGGAUGAGGAGGAGCACGAUGUGGACGAUGAGGAGGAAGAGUCGGGCGCAGGAGGCAUCAACAGAGACACUUCCAGUUUGUCGGUAGACUCUGCUCCUGACAUCACGUCAGACAUGCCGCGUUCACGCAAGUUCCUCAAUGUCUUUGUGAACAGACGUCCGCGUUUUUCUGGUGCUGAAGCUUUUGGUAUUUUCUCCUGCAUUAUCGAUGGUGAAGAGAGAGAGCAGAGCCACAGGGCAGUGUUCAGAUUCAUGCCACGUCAUGAGGAUGAGCUGGAGUUGGAGGCAGAUGACCCUUUGCUGAUGGAGGUACAGGCAGAGGAUCUGUGGUGUGAGGCUUACAACAUGCGCACUGGCUCCAGGGGCAUCUUCCCCGCUUUAUACGCCGUCAAAGUCACAAAGGACGUACAGCCCAAAGAGGUGAAGAGUGACUGGCUAGACUCCUUCUGGUUGAAAUUCCUGGGCUCUGUCCAAGUACCGUAUCAUAAAGGGAAUGAUGUGCUCUGUGCAGCUAUGCAGAAGAUUGCCACAAACAGAAGAACAACAAUGCAGUUCAGUCCUCCGUCGGCCUGCAUCGUAGAGAUCAGCAUAAGAGGAGUGAAAAUCAUCGUUCAGGACGACUGUCAGACCGCAGAAGGGGGUGACAAGUACUGUCACUUCUUUCAGCUGAAAAACAUUUCCUUCUGUGGAUGCCAUCCAAAGAACAGCAAGUAUUUUGGACUAAUCACCAAACACCCAGCGCACCAGAGGUUCGCCUGUCACGUGUUCUUCUCAGAGGAACAUGCCCCACAUCUGGCUGCCUCUGUGGGGAAAGCAUUUCAGCAGUUCUACAAAGAACACAUGGAGUAUUCCUGCCCCACAGAAGACAUCUUCCUCGAAUGACCCUUGCUCUGUUGCGUCCUUUUGCACUACUGUAUACACUACUAUAUAAGGUGUUGCAUGAUGGGUUACAAAAAUCUCUUGACAUGUCAUGCUAUGAUGUUAAUGUCUAUUUUAGACAAAGCGUAAAAUUAAAAAGACACAAUAUGUGUUAACAAGGCUGUCGCUGGCUUUGAACACCCAGAAAAGGCCCGAGGCCAUGCCGAGUGUCUGAGGCCGAGUGUCCACCAGGAUUUUAAAAGGCACUGACCAUAUUUUGAGGGCAUUGUACGUUAUUUAACACCAGUGCCAUGCUCUUUAUUCAUCUGUUCGAAGCACAAUGCCUAAUUUAUGCAGAGAAAAUACAAAUAACCGAAAAAUGUAAACACUGAAACCGUGAAUCGAGGCCCUUUUGUGAUUUUUACCCAGUAAUGAAGCAAAUUUGCAGAGGCCUGAGAUGCAGUUAAAGUUUAGCUUACUGAGUGUAACUCUUAAUCCCGCCUCACUUACACCUUUGGGUCAAACACACGUCUAGUUUAAGGCGAAAGGACAUCUGCUGGAAUGCUAGUAAAUGCUAUUUAGCUAGUAUGCUAGCAGAUUUAUGGCCCGUUUUACACCAACAUCUCUUCCUUUUUUCCCCCUGAAUGUUGCUCAAUCUCAUCGUGUUCAGAGUUGAUGUGCUUCAGUACUGAAAUCUGUGGAACGGCCUAAAGUGCAAAGAGGCCAGAUCUCAGUGAUCUGUCGAUUUAAGUAUGUAGCCAUGACAACCAAAUAUUUUUCUUUCUUUUUUUAUGCAGUGUAUCACAUGUAGUGCUUUCUGUAAGUAACAGUGGACACAAUAUCUGUUGUUUUGUCUCCAGUACAUUGGCUAUGAAACAAAACAGCUUGGUUAGCUUUUUUAAUUCCAUUAUCAUUCAGUAACUACAUGGAAAACGACUCGUGCUGGCUGAGUUGAUUCAAGGUGAAGACUGGAAGCCUAGAACUGCUGGCACGUCCUGCCUUUUCAAAGGGCUGAAGCGACGGCUUCUAUUUGAGGGUAUUUGCCUGCAUUCUGGAUUAACUAUAGUGAAAUCAUUACAGCCUCUAAACAUGCGGACCAAAGAAGUCUCAGUGUCCGUAAAGAAGGUCAAAACUCUGACAUUCUGUGUCAGAUGUGCCAAAGCACCUGUUUGGCACACUGUUCAGAAGAAACGGGAACACAUGGUGGGAUUAGCACCUAGUAGGCCACAUUAAAGGAUGACCGAAGAAUGCUCUCCGUUAUGAAGAACCAUCCACGAUGUGACCACUGGUGAUCCUCAACAUAUUGCUGAAAAGAUCAUAAAAGGCCUGAACAGCUUUGGGGCAGUUUCUCACAGAGAUGGAGAGAAGACGAACUUGAACUUGAACCUCAGCGAUGGAACGAGGAGGAACCAUCUCAUCUGUGAAACACACACAGGGCCUGUUCAGCUGUAGUCGCGCUGAUGAUGUCACUGCAUCGUUGGGCUUAGUUGCUCACCCAAAAACAUUUUACUGAAGCAGCUUCGCCCAAUGUAGGACACAAAUCUCCUCAAAGCUGACGUUCCGCACUGAAGGGGAAUUCCACCUGUUUUCAAAACUUGAGCAUAAUUUGGUGCUUGUGAUGUAAACAAAGUCAUUCGGAGUGGUCUGGUGUGAAAUGGUUCACUCAAAAGAAACUAACUGACCUAGAUUUCUUUACAGUGGUGGUGAUAGGAACCAGGGGUCACAACACAAAUAUAGCCAGUUUAUGAACUAUCCAAACCCACCAGCGUUUUUAUAUUAUGAUAUGAGUUUAAUAUGAGUUUUUAUAUCGAAAAUCUGCAUGAGAUGAAAAAACAUUGACUUAUAAUGGAAGAUAGUCUAAAUUACUUUUUUUAAAAGUCAUUUUAGUCCAUUUCUGUUGGUCUGUUUAUCAUAAAAAUGUACCAUAAUGCGAAGCACAGCAUGAAUUUUCAAAUUAUGCAAAGAAGUCGAGAAACGACAGAAACAGAGAAGAACAGUUAUUGUGCGACAGCGAUGAUGGGUAAUACUGAAGAUGGUUAAAUAGUGGUUCAUCUAAAGGAACGUUUUCUUUGGGACUGUGUACAAUACAGCACCCUGCAUGGACCUCUCCACCAUGAAUGGCUAAAAACCAUCACCACUGUGAACAAUUCUGACUCUAGAAAGGAGCAUUUCACACCAAAUCGCUCUGAAUGACUGAGAUGCCUGCAUAUUCAGCACUUAGUUAUGCAGAAAUGUUUUAAAAAUCUGUGAAAUUCCCCUUUUUAACCCGUUAAUCACUGUUUAGUUUCAAACCCAGUGCGCUGGAGUACCGGGCCACCAACUGUGUCACCAAAUGCUGUACUUACAAACUGCACUCUACGUUAUAAGCAUAGAAUAAUCUGAAGAGGAAAUAUUUUCUUUUAAAUGAUAUUAUUUAAGAGUCAUAGUAAAUAUAUAAUGGAGGGUGAUGUACAGUGUUGAAAAUAGUACAAAAAAAAAAGAAAAAUCCCUCUUAUCAUGAUGGAAUAUGGUGAAUAUGUUAUUUAUACAGGACGUGUACUGAGUGUCCUCCAAAGU